CUAGCAAGCUGCCUGUACGUUCCGCCUCUAUGAUACUUUACAGACGGCGCGAAGACUGCGAAACCACAUGCUCAGCCUAGCUGCAAAGGCAUCAGCAGCGUGCAGGUGGCCUAGCAGGCCAUCCCUCUUGAAACGCCAAGCUUUACUUGUGCGCAGGCUUGCAUACGUCGCGGGGACUGCAGCAAGCCAUUCCAUGGCACCAGAACGCGUCUUCCCGAUCCGACGGGGAACAAAGCUUGUCAUCAAGCAAGGCGACAUCACAAAUGAGGACGUGGACGCUAUCGUGAACGCAGCCAACGAGCGCAUGCUGGGCGGUGGCGGAGUGGAUGGAGCCAUCCACCGGGCCGCGGGGCCGCAGCUGGUGCGUGCUUGCGCGCAGGUACCCGAGGUUGAACCCAACGUGCGCUGCCCGACGGGUGAAGCCCGCAUCACACCCGGCUUCAACCUGAGGGCCCGUCACGUGAUUCACACGGUGGGGCCCAUCUACGAGAGCGCUGAGGAGUCGGCGCCGCUGCUGGCUAGCGCAUACAGGAGCUCCAUGCAGCUGGCGCUGCAGCAGGGGCUGGCCAGCGUGUCCUUCCCCGCCAUCAGCACCGGGGUGUACGGCUACCCCUUUGAGGAGGCGGCGCAGGUUGCGUUGGCGGCAGUGGAUGGCGCCUUGGGGGCCACCGGGGAGGGUGCCGGCGUCAGGGAGGUUCGCUUCGUGCUGUUCGGACAGCGGCUGUACGACGUGUUUGUACGGGCAGCUGAGGAGCUGUGUCGGGACAGGGGGACAGAGGGUGCAGAGGAGGGGAAGGCUGGGGAGGAGGAGGGGAAGGGUGGGGAAGAGGGGAAGGCAGGGGAGGAGGGGACGGGGGCGAAGGCUGAGGGCGCGGAUGAAGGCAAGGAACCAGCCCGGGAGAAGGCGACGGAUGGGGGUGAUGAAGCUGCGCAGCAAAAGGCAUCAGAGCUGUGAUGCCCUGAGGGUGGGUCAGAAGGCAUGACGGCAGAGGAUUAUAUGGAGUAUGGAGUGUGGAGGGCAGGGAUGAGGAGCUGUGUCGGUACCUAGCCGUUAUGUUGUGACUUGCUGCACUCGUCAACUGCUGCAACGCUUAGCUACCCCAGCGAAGUGUAAGACGGCUGAUGACUAUUGCUCCUUUGACGCGAGUGACGUGCCUUUCCUGGAAGUGCAUAGCGUCAGCGCCUUUUUAGGCUACAGAAGAAAUAUGUCUUUAUCACGUUUCCUAUUUAGGGGAUAUAUCUGUGUCGGAUUCUUGCUGGCUUUUGGGGUGCAGCGGUUGACCGCACCACAGUCCAUAUCUGUGAGGGACUAACUUGUAGAAGGUGAUGUAUGGAAAAGCGUGUAUACGGUAGCUGCAUGUGAAGUGCCCACUGGGUAUGAUGGGUGUCCUUUCAGCACAAACCACUGACCUUUGCGCGCUCGUGACCCUGUCGUCAGCCCUCCCAAGCGUGGCGCGCAACAUGUUUACAACACGAUGUCCAUAUAGGGUUGCAU